AUGUACGGUCUGCUGUGCGAGAGCCUGCACGACUUCAUCAAAGAGUCGUACGGGGACGACGUGUGGAAGCUGGUCCGCGAACGGGCGGACGUCAGGCUGCACUCCUUCGUCACCCACCAGGUAUACAGUGAGAGUGUUAUUCCCCGCAUUGCCAAAGCGGCCAGUGGAGUGACAGGGACACCCUACAAUGAGCUGAUGAACUCCUGGGGUGUCUACUUCCUGGGCUUUGUGGGAAAGUACGGCUAUGACAGGAUCCUGAAGGUGCUGGGUCGGCAUGUGCGGGACUUUGUGAACGGGCUGGAUAACCUCCAUGAGUACCUGCGUUUCAGCUACCCCAAAGUGCAGCCCCCCACCUUCUUCUGCCAGGAGGAGUCCGCCACAGGGGUCACACUCCACUACAGGAGCAAACGGAAGGGGUACCUGCACUAUGCCAUGGGCCAGCUGAGGCAGAUGGGAAAGCAGUUCUACGACACAGACAUCCACGUGGAGGUGCUGUCCGAGCAGCUGGUGGGGGACUACUCCCACGUCACCAUGAGGCUGAACUUUGAUAACUCCGCUUACCGCUACAUUCAGAAGGAGGACGAAGAGGAGCAGGAGAUUCUGCCCAUCACCAGCGACUUCUUCUUCGAAGUGUUCCCCUUCAACAUCGUCUUCAGACAGGACAUGGUGGUGCACAACGUCGGCUCUGGAUUGGCCACUGUCUUCCCUGACCUGGAUGGAAAGAAGAUCAACGAUGCCUUCCUGUUGGCACGCCCCCUGGUGGAGUUCACCUGGAACAUGAUCAUCUCCCACCCCAACAACCUGUUUGAGAUCAUGUCCAAAGAGCCUGUGAAGAGGGAGAGGAACCUACACAACCGCGUCCAGAAUUCCGACUAUGAGAACGCCAACCGUUCGGCGGACGUAGAUGUGGAGCUCAUGGCCUUCCAGUCCAUCAUCGGAGAUGAUUACAAAGAUGGAAACAGCGCCAAUGCCAUGGAAAGCUGGGGAGACGGCAGCCGCUGCCUCAAGCUCAAAGGCCAGAUGAGAUACAUGCCGGAGUGGGAGUCCAUCAUCUUUCUGGGAACUCCUGUGAUGGAGAGUCUGAGUGCCAUGUUCAAGACUGGUCUGUACAUCAAUGACCUGAGCAUGCACGAUUCCAGCCGGGACCUGGUGCUGGCCGGGACACAGCAGUCAGAGGAGCUGAAAAGAGCCCUCAUCCAGGAGCAGAAGAAAUCAAGCAAGCUGGAGGAGAGCAUGAAGAUGCUGGACUACGAGAUGAAGAAGACGGACGACCUUCUGUACAGAAUGAUCCCCAAGCCCGUGGCCAAGAGGCUGCGCAAGGGAGAGCCGGCUGUCAACACCUGUGAGGUGUUCCCAGAUGUGACGAUCCUCUUCAGCGACGUGGUGGGCUUCACGCGCAUCUGCAGCCACAUCACGCCCAUGCAGGUGGUCUCCAUGCUCAACACCAUGUACACGCUGUUCGACACGCUCAGCGAGAAACACCGCGUCUUCAAGGUGGAAACCAUUGGCGAUGCCUACAUGGUGGUGGCUGGAGCCCCAGAGAAGACCAAAUACCACGCCCAUAACAUCUGUGACAUGGCCCUGGACAUGGUCCGCUCCAUCGACCACCUGAAGGAUCCCUCCAACGGGAACAACAUCCAAAUCCGAGUGGGGAUCCAUUCUGGGAUGGUGGUCGCAGGGGUGGUUGGACACAAGAUGCCACGCUAUGGUCUCCAUGGUGACACAGUUCACACGGCAUCCGCUAUGGAGAGCAAUGGGAAAGAGAUGCACAUUCAGCUCAGCAGUGCCACCUAUGAGCACCUGAAGGGCAGCCACUUCAUCUUUGAGCGGAGAGGGACCAUCACCAUUAAGGGAAAUGUGGAGAUUGAAACCUAUUGGUUGAAGGGAAAGAGAGAUAAAGAUGGAAACGCCCAGGCUGCCUGCCCCCAGUUUGAGACGCAAACCAUCAGCAAAGCCACCAUUUCACCCCCGGACCCCCCCAUUGAUGAGGAUGUAUUGGUCUUUCCAUCUGUGGCGGGGGAGGAUGAAGAUGAUGUGAAAUCCAUUCGGUCUCACCGCAUCAAAAUGGAGACUUCUGGGAACUCCCUCGAAGAGUCGAUGGAAGAAUGCAGGGUAGAGGAGACCUCUGUGAGUAAGUCUCAUUACAAAGAUGCUCUCCAGGACAACGGUCUCCAGGACGGCCACAUCGAGCUGGACUCAGGCGAGUUCAAUGGGAGAGACUCCAUCAUGGAGUCUCCGGAAGGAUCCUGCGACUCCCGUGGCUCCGAGAAGAGUGCCAUGUGCUGCGUGUCCUGA